GGCGAUAAAACAAUAAACAAUAUUGACCACAUUGUGUAUUUGCAGCCUCCGCUUGUUAUGGCUGCCCAUGUUCCUUAUGAGUUUAGUGCAACAGAUUGCGGGACAGUUUAAGAUUGUUAAUCACAACACUGCCAACCUGACCACCUACCCAUCGAACGGAACCACCAGAAGUGUAAACUUUGUUCAGAUAAAACCAAUCGUAAUAGCAAACAGUUCCACAUUCGCCGAGCUUGCUGCAAAGUCAGCGAACGAAGCACCCAGAGCGCUACAACAGGACAAAUUGCCAGCGAUGAUGGUCGAAAACAAAUUCAUAAAACUAUCCAUCGUCAACUCCACGACCUUCGGCAACAAAACGCGUGAACGAAAGAUUCAACAAGCGGUUGCGAAUGCGCGCCAAAACGAACUACCAAGCGCUGUCCGGGGUAAAACGCAUCGUCCGUUGACAAACACAAAAUUUGCUUCCGUCGUUGGCUACGCAAAGAAGAGUAAAAUAGGCUCCACAACACAAACGGAACUGGACGGGGAACGGAAGAAAUCGACGGCAGCCUCCUCUAAGACGGGACGAAAUAAGUAUCGAAAUUUCAAAUCACGCUGCCGUUGCGAACGCAUAUGGAACUGUGUCAGGAUACAAAUAUCGGUGGCGCGCUGUGCGCCUGAUUUUUUUAUGUGCUGUUUUUGAAUGGGAUUCCAUUGCCACGCGUA